AUAUGGCUUAAUAGUGGUGUAGUUGGUAGGAGUGAGUGAAGUUUGUGGGAGCACUAACUUAGAACCCUGCUGUUCAACAAAGGUCUUGUUUAGUCUACCAUUCAAAAUGGAGUUGGAUGAAAGUGACGGGAAUAUUGUGCCGAGAAAUAGGAAACCUUCAUAUGUCAUCAAAUGGCCGGACAUUCCUCACAGCAAAUUAGUGACGCUACUCUUUCUCUUGGACAAUGGUGACAAGACCACAGGCAGCAUGGACACAUACCGCAAAUGGAAUAUUGGCGCUUCACUUGAGGCCAAAGAAGCUUUCCUCUCGGUUUUAAAGGCUAAUAAAUAUAGUUUUUGGCAAGUUCUGGAGGUGUUGCGUAGACGUGUCAAGGAGCUGGUGCAGUAUCCAUUCAUAAGACUGGAGGGAGAUACUGAGGCUGCUAAUAGAGCUGUGAGAAAGCAGGACGAGUAUCUCUUGACCAUGGUUGAGGCCUGCCGAUACCUACAUAUUGACUGCUUCAACCUUGAGAACAAGAUCAAGAAAGUCCAGGAAAAAUUGUUCCUUUCGGAAGAGGAAAAGAUGGGAAAAUUCUUUUUAUAUGCUGAAAAUUUACAGAUGAAGCACAUAUGUGACAGUUUAACACCCAGCCUUGUCUGCCAACUACUGGAUGUUUUGAAGAGAGACAAGAACCUCAGUAAACUGAUCGACAAAAGUAUAGAUGUUCCUCUAGAUAAACUGAACAAGAUUGAGGGACUGAAGGAGGCCUUAUUCUUCUAUAUGAUAAGGGUCUUAGAGGAUAAUGAGAAACUGAACCGUUUGUACACUGGCAAACUACAGGAACUCCUGAAUAAAGUGAACAAAGAAACCAAAGAUGAGCAUGAACAGCGCACUAUUAUGACGAUAGUCAACGCCCUAGAUGUAUAUCCCAUACAAGGUCGACCGGCCGGCCACUGUGUCGUGUUCUGCGUUACUAAGGACAGGGAAGGGUCACAAGGGGAAAUAAACAAAGUCAAAAGGGUUUUCAGUGAUUCUUUGGGCUAUACAGUCCAUAUUGAGAAAGAUCCAACAUACAAGACUUUGGAGGAAUAUAGGAAGACGCUACAGAAGCAGAAAUAUCACUUCUAUGACUCCAUCGUGUUCUGGUUCAUGGCACACGGCACCGAAACCAACAUCAAGCUGGCCGACGGCUAUAGAUACAAGAGGAUGGAUAUCAUUGACAGUUUCUCCAGGCUGGAUAACUUCAGGAAGAAACCAAAGAUCUUCUUCAUGACUUCUUGUCGAGGCCGUGCAACAAUUUCUAUUAGAGAGAAAGGCGGCGUGCGGGUGGCGGUGGACGGUUCCCACGAGGGACAGACUUACUCAGUCAUCCCUGAGCAGUGUUGUAAUAUCACUGCCGUCUACUACCAGAUGGACCGCAUCAUCGCCAGCGCCACCCUCCCCGAGCAUUACGCCUUCAGACUCCCUGAUGGAGGUUCAGUGUAUGUGGAUACUGUGUGUCGUCUUCUAGAGCAGCACCGCGGCCACAACUUCACACAGGUGCUGGAGAGAGUCUGUAACAAGAUACAUCAGAUUCUCUUCUCCUGCCAUGAAAAAUUCCCGGGUGAGGCCAAGCAGGCGUGUUACUAUGAGAGCACCUUCCAGAAGACCUUCAUUGUGCCCGGGACUCCUAAAGCCACAUAUUACUAACACCUCCUGCACCCACUUACUGACAUUUCCUCAGUACACCUGUUGCUAGAACUCCUGAAGGAAAAUAAUUGUGAGGCUUUGUGAGGAAGAGAAGGUAAAUUCUCCGGAUAUAAAUUGUUGUUUGGAGUUUAUUAAAAACUUGUACUGUU